ACAAACUAUCACACACUUCCAAUCGAUCCGGGCGUCUCCGUCUCCUGGCUUAUCUUAUUUUUAAGUCAUGCGGUACAUUUGCAGGACCUGCUCGCGAAUGUCCGAUCCCGCGGCGGCCAGGAACCUCUUCGAGCCAUCGAGCUCCUCCGUUUUGCAGCAAAUCGAGGCCCUGACCAACUUGCAGCUGAAGGAGGACGACAAGCUGCCCAGGUUCAUGUGCCAGGAGUGCCAGCACGACCUGCAGAUUGCCAUCGACUUCCGCCGCGUUUGCAUCGAGGCCCAGGAGCUGCUCGAACUGCAGCUGCGGCAGGUGGAAAAGGAGGAGGAGGCCCUCGAGAACCUGGCCGAGCAGUGGUUGGACGACUGUCCCGGGGAGUACUCCAACUUGUCGCCGCUGCCACAGAAAUAUGAUGGUGCAGGCGAGGGUCUUCUUGAUCUACAGCCAAGGGAUGUGGAUUUUGCGGAGUCGGCGACAAACGACUGCAAGGAGGAUAGUGCAACGGAUGCAUCGGAAUGCCCAAUGGACAGCCAAUUGUCGGAGGAGAACUUCGACCUGCUGGUCUCGCCCGAGCCGGAUGCUCCGAGUCCCCAGGGCAGCGAAGCCAUCGAUAAUCCAGAAUCCUCCAGUCACACCUGCAGCAAAUGCGGCCUCGAGUUCGACACCGUGGACGAGCUGACUCUGCACAAGUACCAUCUGCACGAUGUACCUCCAAAUACCAAAUUCGUUUGCGACCACUGCAGCGAGGGCUUCCGAUCGGCAGCCGCCCUCACCAGGCACUGCAACAUGCUAGAUCUUCCACUGACGCACCCCUGCACCAAGUGCAGCAGCAAAUUCCACAACAAGAUCCUGCUGGAAACCCACGAGGAGCGGUGUCAGAAGGCACCGGUCGCCCAACAUGUGUGCCAUAUAUGCGGCAAGCGGCUGACCACCUCCUUCAACCUGAAGAACCACCUGGUGCGUCACACGGGAACUCGACCCCACAAGUGUGACCAGUGCGACUCCUCCUUCGCCGUCGCCGCGGAACUCAGUUCGCACCGGAAAACCCACACAACCGAGCGACCCUACGCCUGUCGCUACGACUGCGGGAAAACCUUCCGAUUCUGCAGCGCCCGCAGCAUGCACGAGAGGGUUCACAUGGACGCCAGCAAGCGGAUCUAUCAAUGCGAGUAUUGCCCCAAGUCGUACGUAACUCCAGGUGACUGCAGGGCCCACCAGAAGUAUCACAACUUGACUCGCGAUCACAGCUGCGACAUCUGCCGCAUCAGUUUCAAGACACUCAAACACUACAAAUCUCAUGUGAAGUCAAACGCACACAAGACUCUGGAAGCCCGUGCUAAGGCGGCUAACAAAUCCUGAAUUCCAUCACUCCCCUCAUGAAAAGUAUUCCUCGAAUUGCAAUUACUAUAGUCUGCUGCAUUUUAAAUAUAUAUGUGUAUAUGUACCUAAAAGAUAUUAAUAAAGCUUCCGUUCCAUAAUCAA